AUGGUAUUACGAAAAAAACACCUGUCAGUUCUCGAAGGGAAGUUGGCAGAGUGUAUUUUCUUUGUUGAAAACCAAAAUGAUUUCUACAAUCGUUUAGACUUUUUCUUCCAUGUGGUUCCCGAUACUGCGUCUCAUGAGCUAAUCGAACGGUUGGAAUUGGCUUGGGCUCAUGAUUCUUUAACUGCUCUGAAGUUGAUCUGUAAUCUCAGGGGUGUAAGAGGGACGGGGAAAUCUGACAAAGAAGGGUUUUAUACGGCGGUGCUUUGGCUUUUCAGUAAGCAUCCCAAAACCCUUGCUUUUAAUCUUAAGGCGAUUUCUGAAUUUGGGUAUUUUAAGGAUUUUCCGGAGAUUCUUUAUCGGAUCCUUGAGGGACCUGAAUCGCGAAAGAUCCAGAGAAUGGAGUGGCAAGAUAGAAAGAGAGGGGGGAAAAGGUCCUCCAAGAAAAUCAAGAAUCGUGGAAAAUUCAAGCAAGAAAGUAAUGAGAAAGUAGAGGCUUCAGAAAAAAAAUUUGAGGGUGUUUUAGAGAACGUAGAGGAAAUGGGUAGGGGAAUAGAUAAGGAGAAAGCUAGAGCUUUGAGGAAAGAGAGGGAGAAAGCGAAAGCGAAAAAGGCUUUCGAUAAGUAUUAUUCUGAUUCAAAUUAUAGGCUUUUGUUUGAUUGUGUUGCUGAAUUCUUUGCUGAUUGCUUGAAAUCCGAUUUUAAGAAGUUGAAUGAUGGGAAAUUGUUUGCUAUCACUUUAGCUGCAAAAUGGUGCCCUUCAAUUGAUUCAUCUUAUGAUAAGGCUACUUUGAUAUGCGAGGCGAUUUCUCGGAGGGUUUUCCCUCGUGAGAGCGAGAAAGAGUUCGAGGGAUUGGAGGAAGCGCAUUAUGCAUACAGGUUUCGGGAUAGAUUGAGGAAACAAGUGCUUGUUCCGUUGCAUAAGGCGCUGCAGUUGCCGGAGGUGUACAUAAGUGCAAAUAAAUGGAAUUCUCUCCCUUAUAAUAGGGUGCCAUCCGUUGCAAUGAAGACUUACAAGGAGUUGUUCAAAAAGCAUGACAAGGAAAGGUUUAGGGAGUACCUUGAGCGGGUGAAGACCGGGAAGGCGAAGAUUGCUGCUGGAGCGUUGCUUCCCCAUGAAAUAAUCGCGUCACUGGAAGACGAAGAUGGAGGGGCAGUGGCUGAGCUCCAGUGGAAGAGAAUGGUGGAGGAUGUGGGUAAGAAGGGGAAGCUAACGAACUGUAUUGCAGUUUGUGAUGUUUCGGGGAGUAUGUUUGGGAUACCCAUGGAUGUUGCGGUGGCCAUGGGAUUGUUGGUUUCAGAGUUGAGUGAAGAGCCUUGGAAGGGGAAAGUGAUGACUUUUAGUGCAAAUCCACAGCUGCAUUUGGUUAAGGGAGACAGUCUUAAAGCCAAGACUGAGUUUGUGCGUAAAAUGGAGGUGGGUUUUAACACAGAUUUUCAGAAAGUGUUCGAUGAGAUAUUAGCGGUUGCGGUGGAAGGAAAACUCAGUGAGGAACAACUCUUAAGGAGGCUAUUCGUGUUUAGUGAUAUGGAAUUUGAUGAUGCCUGUGGCAAUUAUUCUAAAUAUAUGAAUAUGGAGAGUGUGUGUAAUGAUGAUGAAGAGAAACCGGAUUAUGAAGUCAUAAGAGAGAAGAUGAAAGAGUGCGGGGGUGAGAUGUGGAAGACAGAUUAUGAAGUUAUAAAAGAGAAGUUUCAGAAGUGUGGGUACAAAAGGGUGCCGAAGAUUGUAUUUUGGAACCUGAGGAACUCGUCUUCGACUCCGGUGGUUGCUACUCAGGAUGGAGUGGAGUUGGUGAGUGGUUAUUCCAAGAAUUUGCUGACAUUGUUCUUGGACGAAGGGGGAAUUGUGAACCCUGAGCAGGUAAUGGAAUUAGCCAUUGCUGGUGGAGAGUACAAGAAGCUUGUCAUCCAUGAUUGAUAUGUAAUACCAAAUAGUGGUAAGGUUUUUUUUUUAUUUUUUAUUUUUUUUCAGAAUUAUUAUAACUAGUUACUUACUGUUUCUUUGGUUAUAGAAAAAAAUACAGCUGAAAUCCAAAGGUUUUGAAUAAUUACGUCUUCUUUUAUUUGUUUAAAA